UCAGUAACAUGCAUGUAAACCCGGAGCGACCUCCCGACGCAGCGGCAAGAAGACGACCCGCGUAAGAGAGAGAGAGAGAAAGAAAGAGAGAGAGAGUAAGAGAGACCCUCCUUUACCCGGGGAACAGAGCUCCAAGCCACCGCCUCGCCUCGCUUGUGUGCUCCCCAGGAACCGGUGCUCGGGCUCGGCUGUGAAUCCAGAGGACUCACCGCCGCCGCCUGGAAGUCAAACCCCCUACCGGAGCUGCCGUGGUUCUUCCUGCCCGACAUUGUUGCUCGGUCGUGGGGCUGCUGCCACGCGUAGAGCCGCUGGUGGAGGCACCAGGAGGAGGAGGAGGCGGACAAGGCCCCGUGGUGGUCCCCUCGCCGUGGGUUCGAUCCCCGGACCCAUGCUAGGGGCCGGAGGAGUGUGAAUGCUGGCCACGGACACGAGGGAACAUGUCUUUUUCAUGGCUGACUUGUUCACUUCUUCUGGGAACUUUGUGCGCAGGGUACAGUCUGGGCGAAGCCGAGACCCGGGAGUGCGUGUACUACAAUGACAGCUGGCGCACGGAGAGGACCAACCAGAGCGGCUUCGAGCGCUGCGAGGGGGACAAGGACAAGCGGCUGCACUGUUACGCCUCCUGGCUCAACUCCUCAGGGACCAUCAAGUUGGUGAAGAAAGGCUGCUGGCUGGACGACUUCAACUGCUAUGACAGGCAAGAGUGUGUUUCCAUGGACGAUAACCCUCAGGUGUUCUUCUGCUGCUGCGAGGGCAACUACUGCAACGAGCGGUUCACCCACCUUCCUGACAUGAUUGGCAGCGGCAACCGAGUGAAAAUCAUGCCUCCACCUCGGGUGCCGUCCCUGCUCAACGUGCUGGUGUACUCCCUGCUGCCCCUGUGCGUGCUGUCCCUGGCUCUCGUCCUGGCCUUGUGGAUGUACCGCCACCGCAAGCCUCCCUACGGCCACGUAGACCUCAGCGAGGAUCCAGGACUCUCUCCUCCAUCCCCAAUGGUGGGACUCAAACCUCUGCAGCUGCUGGAAAUCAAAGCCAGGGGGCGCUUUGGUUGUGUGUGGAAGGCCCAACUGAUGAGCGAGUAUGUUGCUGUAAAGGUCUUCCCUAUUCAGGACAAGCAGUCGUGGCAUAACGAGCGGGACAUUUUCUUGACUCCGGGGAUGCGACACGAAAACCUCCUGCGUUUCAUCGCUUCCGAAAAACAUGGAAGCAACCUGGAGACGGAGCUGUGGCUUAUCACCGAGUUCCAUGAGAGGGGCUCACUGACGGACCACCUGAAGGGUAACAUGGUGUCCUGGGGUGAUCUGUGUCACAUAGCGGAGAGCAUGUCCCGCGGCUUGGCCUACCUCCAUGAGGACAUUCCCAGCUACAAGGGCGAGGGGCCAAAACCCACUAUUGCCCACAGGGACUUCAAGAGCAAGAAUGUGAUGCUUGCCGAUGAUUUAACUGCGAUCAUCGGAGAUUUUGGGCUCGCUGUACGAUUUGAACCAGGAAAACCUCCAGGAGACACGCAUGGCCAGGUGGGUACGAGGCGCUACAUGGCCCCAGAGGUGCUGGAGGGAGCCAUCAACUUCCAGCGAGACUCCUUCUUGAGGAUAGACAUGUACGCCAUGGGCUUGGUGCUUUGGGAGCUGGUGGCCCGCUGCACGGUAUCUGAUGGUACAAUCGGCGAGUACAUGCUGCCGUUCGAGGAGGAAAUUGGCCAGCAUCCCACCCUGGAGGAUCUGCAGGAUGUGGUCGUUCACAAGAAGAUGCGUCCAGCCAUCAAGGAGUGCUGGCUCAAACAUCCUGGUUUGAGCCAGAUGUGCGAGACCAUCGAGGAAUGCUGGGACCACGACGCAGAGGCGCGACUAUCGGCCGGCUGCGUCGAGGAGCGCAUCGGCCAAAUCUCCAGGAUGAUCAGCAGCUCUACCUCAGACAACCCCGUCUGCAUCGUGACGUCUCUCACCAACGAGGACCUACCUCCCAAAGAGUCCAGCACCUGAGCGGGGGGGGGACACCAUCCUUCACCUGAGCUCCUGACUUUUUAAUUUUUUCGAACCCAAACUCAGCGGAUCUCCGUGAAUAUUUAAAAACAUGAAAAAACAAACAAAACAACAACUAGCCACUUGAAUGCAGCUGCUAUUUUACCCCGAUACUGGUAUUUUUUUCCCGUUUUUUUUUUAUGUUUUUCCCGUGUUUUUAAAGUCAGAUCUUACUAACACAUCCAUCUGCUGUAGUUUUGAAGUAGUAAUAAGCUAUGCGAUGGGCUGAUAACACCCAUGUGUCAAAUCUUUUAAUGUUUUCGUUACCUCAUGUAUUUCUUUUGUGUUAGUCGUUUUUUUUUUUUUUUUAUUACCUCAUCAGUUAGCGUUUUUUUUCCUGUCUUGGUCACGACCGUCUGUGGCCAAAUGGAAUGAAUCUUUGCUCCAGACCUUGGACAACGUGCUGCACACCUCGGAGGAACCGUUUUGAGACUGUUAGACGAAAUAUAUUCAUCUUCCUCAGGGGUCGAAGCUUCUCGAUUUUUACGCUCGAGGGUGCUCCCUUAUUUUAAACCGGCGAACGCCUCAAAAAGAAAAGAAGAAGAUCAAAAAGCAACGGAGCACAGCUGUUUCAUCGCAUGGGAAGGAGCUAAAAAGGAAGUUGAACAGUUGUACUGGACGUUUUUGAACUUUUUUGAAGAUUCGGGACAACCGCCUUGUCCCCGGGGAACUACCUCUCAGGUAUCCAGUAGGUUUCUUUGGAACAUUUUCUCUAAUUUUGAGAGCCAAGCUAUCCAGCUCGCUAUCAUGGACAUAUUCCUGGAUUCUUUUUAUUCUGUUUUCUUUCUCUUUUUUUUUUUAUCGUAGAAAUUCAGAGUUACUCCUUUGCCAGUGCCAGGGGCAUUGAUGGAUGCUGUCUGGAGUUGCAAUGUUACACAUUUUUGAUUUUAAAGCGUGUGUGUGAGCUGCGUGUGUGUGUGUGGGUGAGCGAGCGAGUGCAAGAGAAGGUGAAGACAAAAAUGAAAUGAGAUUGUUUUAGAGUGUUUUAACGUAAGAAUCAGUUGGGUUUUAUCCUUGCGAGGGCCAUACUUGAGUAAGCAACAUGUCUGUUUUUUAAUUUUCAUGGGUGUUUGUUCAAUAGACUCAGUUCGGACACCAGUCCCCCAGAUACCUCAGUCACUGUACGUCAUGCAAGGAGAGCUCAGAUGGUUGCCUUUGUCUCAAAUGCAAUGCCAUAGUUGUACCAUAACAUGAAUACCAUACAUUGAAUGUCCGUUAUGCUGCUGUGACUAUUCCAGGAUACUCAAGGAUAUGUAGAUGUACAUGUAUUCUUUGUUAAUAUAACGCUAACAUGUGAUAACUAUCCAUGAUAUUAUGUGAGGCUAAUAUUCUGUUUUUUGUGUUUUGUUUUUUUCCGACUGGGUAAGCCCUCAGCUGCUUACUCCUCCAGACUGACCUCAGAUAUUCUGACAAGUACCUCAGGCUUUUUCUACAUGUAUAUCAAGUUGUGUUAUGUAUUUUAUUGUGUUUUAGUAGUUGAGAUAUUUUAUUGCCGGCUUGGCCUCUUUGUCUGUGGAGAUUUGUUUUUAAAAAUAGAGCCUGACCAGUUGGCACAGUGUUAAUGCUGUACAAACCCUAAAAGAAGAGAGGCCCAUUCUUGUAAAUAGACGUGCACACACACACAGAUGCGAAACACUGAUCUGUUUUUAUUAGGAAAAGAAAAUACAAAAUCAGGGCAUUACAGUUCUCAGAAGUAGAAAGGGAUUUCUCAUUUCCACCCCUACACAUUCAAAAAAAGUCAUUUGGACAACUAAAUUAGCCCUGUGACGUUUUUAUCCUUUCUAUCAGGAAUUGCGGUUGUGUUACAGAUUUUUAUGAAUAACGGUAUCAGUUCCUCUGAAUCAGAAGCUGUGUGGGUAGCACUUGCAUCACAAAGUUUAGUUAAUAUCCUUAAAAGAAGAAGAAGAAAAAAAGGCAACAAGGAAAUCGUAAUGUUCGGGGCGGGCGGCUUCCGCGAUUGGCCGCCUGUUUUAAAAUGCCAGUAUGAACAGUAUUACCUCAAUAUUAACCUGCUGAUGUGAUGUUCAGACCUGUUCAGUGUUCAGCCAUGUUGGACGACACACAGGCUCAUCUGUUGUGCUUUGAUUAGUGCUGUGCAAACAUGGUGAUUUAUUUUAGAUUUUUCUUUUUCUUUUGACAGUGGUCUGUAACGCUUGCUCUUGUGCAGUUUUGGUAACGAACAUGCGGAACAAAAAGAAAAACAUACAUCAAAUAAGACGGAACAAUGUUUUUUAGUGUUUGGAAAUUAUCAAAGUGUCUCUAACCACUUGGUCGACUGGUUUUUUUGAUGACGCAGCCCCGCUAGGAGUGAUGUAAACUGUGGCGUAUGCGUGGUCCAAGGGUCCAGCAAUAUUUAUUAUACAGCAAUAGUCAUUUGAACACCAUGGUUCAAAGUCAUUCAACUCACCUGUGACUUAGCGGUUUCCUCCUGGCGACCGGUGGAGUACAUCUCAUCACACCUGGAUCACGUUCCGAAGAGGACACGUGUCAGUCGGGGGGGGUGGUUGAGCUUGUUUCGGCAUGUGUGCGCUGAACGUGACCCAGGUGCUUCUUACGUAUUGUGCCAGAAAAACAGCAAAUGACUUUGAGGGGGAAAGUCUGCUGUGAUCGGUGGUAACUUCCAAAUGCUGUCUUACACCCGGCUCCUCUUAACAGAAAUACCAGUUACCUCAUGCAGUACCUCAUUAGUGACACUAACACGGAGUCAGUCUCAUCUUCGAAAAGAAAAAAACAAGAAAAAUAUCAGUUAUCGUGUAUAUAUUUACUUGACAAAUGUAAAGGGUUUCUUCCUUUUCAUGUGUGAAUCCUGUGAAAGCAAAGCCUUUUUUUUUUUUUUUUGAUUUU